AUGAGCAUUUCUAGUAUUUUAAACAUUACAUCUGAUAGAAAUGACAAUGGAAGUAACACCAACAUAAGUAAUGUUAGUAAUAUUAGUAGCAACGACAAUCUUAGUUACGGUAAUGGCAACCUUGGCAAUACCGAGAUCUAUAGUAGUGCUAUUGUUGAUAGUAGUGAAAAUAGUAGUAGCAACAAUGAAUUGGUGUUUUCAGAUGAUGAUCCAGAAUAUUUAAUGGAGAUUGAUGCAUUAAUCAGACACACGCUUAACACCACCGCUAUUACUACCGUUUCUGCCUCAUUACAACCUGAUAAGAGUAAAACUAUUUUCAAAUGUAAAGUUCCUAGAUGUGAAAAGGUAUUCAACUCGUUAGGCUAUCUUAACAAGCACCAAUGUUUAAAGCAUCCAGAAAACGACACU